ACCUUCAUCAAUAGAACAGAAACAGAUCAUGGCCGAGACGAAAGAAGGCGCAAGAUCGUCGUAUCCUAUCAAAACCAUCGUCGUAUUGGUCCAAGAGAAUCGUUCUUUCGACCACACACUCGGCUGGUUCAAAGAGCUAAACCGGGAAAUCGAUGGAGUCAUCAAAUCAGACCAGAAAUUUAACCCGGUUUUGUCCUCAGACAUAAACUCCUCUCACAUUGUCCCCUUCAACGACCAGUCUCAGUACGUUGACCCGAAUCCAGGUCACUCCAUUCGUGAAAUCUACGAACAAGUGUUCGGUAAGCCAUGGGAUUCGGUUCACCCAGAUCCAAACCCGGGUCCAGCUACAAUGUCCGGAUUUGCCCAAAACGCCGAGCGAAAGAUGAAAGGGAUGUCCUCCGCGGUUAUGAACGGAUUUAAACCGGACGCUUUGCCGGUUUAUAAGGAAUUAGUUCAAAAUUUCGCAAUAUGUGAUAGGUGGUUCGCAUCGGUUCCAGGUGCGACGCAGCCAAACCGAUUGUUUGUUCAUUCGGCAACAUCACACGGAACAACAAACAACGAGAGGAAAUUACUAAUAGAAGGUUUUCCACAAAAGACGAUAUUCGAGUCGCUCGAUGAAGCAGGUUUCACCUUUGGCGUUUAUUACCAAUGUUUUCCUACUACUCUCGUUUACAGGAAUUUGAGAAAACUCAAGUAUUUGACACAUUUCCACGAGUACGGACUACAAUUCAAGAAAGAUUGUAAAGAAGGGAAGCUACCAAACUACGUUGUGGUUGAACAACGCUGGUAUGAUCUAUUCUUGAAUCCGGCUAACGACGACCAUCCAUCACAUGACGUCUCUCAGGGACAAAAGCUCGUGAAGGAGGUUUACGAGGCCUUGAGAUCAAGUCCUCAAUGGAACGAGAUUUUAUUCAUUAUAACAUAUGACGAACACGGUGGGUUUUACGACCAUGUCCCUACUCCGGUCGAAGGAGUUCCUAACCCGGAUGGUAUCUUGGGACCUCCACCGUAUCACUUUGAGUUUAACCGGCUCGGAGUUAGGGUUCCGACUUUCUUCAUAUCUCCUUGGAUUGAGCCUGGGACAGUUAUUCAUGAACCAAAGGGGCCGUACCCAAAGUCACAAUAUGAGCAUUCAUCAAUUCCCGCAACGGUUAAGCAGAUUUUUAAACUCAAAGAUUUCUUGACAAAGAGAGAUUCAUGGGCUGGCACUUUUGAAUAUGUUAUUACUAGAGAUUCACCAAGACAAGAUUGCCCUGAAACAUUGUCAAAUCCGAUAAAAAUGAGAGAGACGGUGGCAAAAGAAGAUGCAGAACUAAGUGACUUUCAAGAAGAGCUAGUAAUAGUGGCUGCGGGACUAAAAGGAGACUAUAAGAACGAAGAACUGAUCCACAAGCUAUGCAAAGAAACUUGCGUUGCCGAUGCUUCUAAGUACGUUACCAACGCCUUUGAGAAGUUUUUACAAGAGUCAAGAAAGGCAAGAGAGAGAGGAUGCGAUGAGAACGACAUCGUUUAUUGCGUGGAUGAUGAUGACAAGCAUCAUGUUGUGAAACUCCUGAGCCAAAUUUAAACCUAAGUGAUUCUCUUGCUUUGUUUGACAUGAUUUAAAAGAAGAUAUAAUUCCCAAAUAAUUGUAGUUUGUGUCUAGUAAAAUAUAAGGUCUA